AUGUCGUCCGUCCCGCAGACUGACGCGAAGCACUGGUUCAGUGAGACGGAAGCCAUGUGGCCCGGCCAGAAGUUCUCGCUCGAGGUCGAGAACGUGCUGUUCCAGGCCAAGUCGGACUUCCAGGACGUGCUCGUGUUCAAGUCGGCCACCUACGGCCACGUCCUCGUGCUCGACGGUGUGAUUCAGCUCACCGAGCGCGACGAGUUCGCGUACCAGGAGAUGAUCGCGCACCUGCCCCUGUUUGCCCACCCGCAGCCCAAGCGCGUGCUCAUUGUCGGCGGCGGCGACGGCGGCGUGCUGCGCGAGGUCGCCAAGCACGACUGCGUCGAGGAGAUUGUCAUGUGCGAGAUCGACGCAAUGGUCUGCGACGUGUCGAAGCGGUUUUUCAAAGACACGGUCGCGACGGCGUUCGACGACCCGCGGGUCACGCUCCUGCACGCGGAUGCAGCGGUCUAUCUGCGAGAGAACACGAGCCACCAGUUUGACGUGGUCAUUGUCGACUCGUCGGACCCAGUCGGGCCGGCAGAGGUGCUCUACCGGUCCGAGUUUUACGAGAGCAUGAAGAAGUCGCUGUCGCACGACGGAGUGAUUUGCACCCAAGGCGAGUGCCUGUGGCUGCAUCUCGACCUCAUUGUUGACGUCAUGCAGCGCUGCCAAGCGCUUUUUCCGUCGGUCAAUUACGCGUACACGACGAUUCCGACGUACCCGUCGGGUCAAAUUGGGUUCAUCAUGUGCUCGCUCGACGAGAGCGACGGCGUGCUAGCGAAGCCGAAGCGCACGCCGGACGACAAGAUGGAGCAGACGCUGCGGUACUACAAUGCCAAGAUCCACGAAGCUUCAUUCGUGCUGCCCAGCUUUGCCGAGCGCAAGAUCGCCACUGUGCGCAAGUGA